AUGCCAGACCUCACUGCCGCCGAGCUCAGCAUUCCGGCCGAGCAGCACCCCGAUCCCCGCUCAACAGUGGUAGGCUCUACCCUGCGCUUCAUUCCGUGGUCUGUGGUGGGCAAUCCGGCCUUCCUCAAUCUGCCCCCUCCUCCUCCGGGGAUGCAACCGUCAUGGGUCCAGAUUCCGCAGUGGGUCGCCAUCAGUGCGCUGCUCCCCUUCAGUGAGCCCGAGCCCGCUGUGGCCACCCACUUUGACAGGCUCAGCGUCUUGCGGCUGGCCGUAUUGGCCGCGGCUUGGCGCCGCAUCCUCGGUGCCUUGUCCGACCUCGGCGUCUUCAGCACGGUGCACGUGGAUGAGGAUGCGUUCCGUACGGUGUGCAUCCAGGCUCUGCACUCCCGCCAAAUCCCGGUGCCCGAGCUCUAUCUGCAGUGGGGCGAUUUGGGGUACUCUGAGGCGAUCGUACCCUUGGGACCAGCGCCAUCUGCAGAAGCAAAGGCCGUCGACUUCUUGCAGUACGCGACAGUCGGGGCUCUUUGCGACCCUACGGCCGACGUCCCGUUCGCAGCCCUGUCUGACAUGACCCGCUGCUUGGGGCCCGUCUUCACGGCGGCAGCGCGCGUCGAUCCCAUGGGGAGCGCCGUCGUGGGGGCUGCAUCGCUCGCCGCCGCCGCUGGUCACAUCACUCCGCGAGCGAGCGAUGGGCAUCCCGCCCUGCUUGCUCGGCAUGUGCUCAGCAUGCUGAAGACUACCCGCUCGAGUUUCCCGGCCUACCUGAGGACCAACUCUUUUCAGAACUACUCUGCGGAGGUUGAGACUCGCGCCGAGUAUGUGGGCGGGACCACCGUGGCGCGCGACCGAGUGGCCGAGCAGCGUUGCUCGCGCGCUAUUGCAGCCAAGGCGCCGACGCUCGACUCCCUGCUCCGUGCGCUGCCUCGGCCAACGCCCCCGUCGGUCGUUUAUGAAGCCUACCGGCAGCUCGUCUCGCUCUACUUUCCGACGGAUCGGCGCCCUAUGGACCUGCUCCUGACUGAUCUGGAUGCUCAGCUUCACGCGCGGCUACCCACGUUCUCGACGCGGCGGGGAUCGUCGUCAUCGACCCUUCGCAAGUGA